AUGUCGGACGUAGACUUUCAAGAAAGACAAGAAAGAGAAGAAAAAGUAGAAAAAACAACGUCAGAUUCACCAGUUGGUGCUGAUAGCCCGUUACUACUUCCCCCUCCGCAACAAGCUUCUUCUGAGAAUAACGAACUUAAAAAAAAGCAUACACCCAAGGAACCGCAAGAAAAGAGUGAAGAAACCAAGGCCUCGUCAAAAAGAAGAAAGGAAGUUAACAAUCCAUUUGGACUUGUUGUCCCCCGAGCGAAAAGUUAUGUUUAUUGGGAAGAUCCAACGUAUUCAGGAGCAGCUCUAGGGUUGGGUCUAUUACUUGUUGUCUUUACCUCUCAAGUUUCUUUGUUCAACACCUUUUGUGCAUUGGCCGUUAUCGUGUUGUCCGCAAAUUGGAUAUAUGUACUAGGCAGGAAACAAUUCCAGGUUCUUCUCAACAAAGAAAAUGUCAAUCCAUAUGAACAUUGGUUUGAGGAAAAACCGUGGUACAUUGAACGUUCUACA